GACCAGGACUGCCUUUGUAUCCUGUUUGAGCAGUCCUGGGGCCGUGGGGUCCACAGUGCUACCACAGGGUGCCUGCUGCUAAUAAUAACAUGAAACACAACGGACGCCUGCCCAGGACGAUGCACAACGAGCAGGAAAAGUUGUUUUGAGAAGGAGGAUGAAUGGAAGGCAAAAAGGCACGUGAGAAGGAUGGCAAGCUGUGCUUCAUGACAACCUCACGCACGAUGUUCUAUGGGCCCUCCUCCACCAUGGCUCCACCGUCCAAAAACCGGCUGAAGCGCCAGAGCCGGCUCUUCUCCCAAGUCCUGUACCGGACACUGAGCUACAAGGACCGAAGCUCGGCCUCCGCCUCCCCGGCCGCCGGCGAGGAUGACCCUGCCGAGCUCUCCACCCAGCUCUCAGCUCCUGGCAUCCUGAAAAUCUUCGGGGGCAACAUCUGCGCGGGCACCAACUACAAGAGCGUGCUGGUGACGGGCAGCUCGGGCGCGCGGGAGCUGGUGAAGGAGGCCCUGGAGCGCUACGGGCUGAGCCAGCUCAGCGCCGCGCAGUACGCCCUGUGCGACGUCAUCGGCAGGUUCGAGGGCCCCGAGAAGCAGUGGCAGACGGAGGGGCUGAGGGUCCUGGGGGACCACGAGAAGCCGCUGCUCAUCCAGGACCUCUGGAAGCCCAGGGAGGGCUUCUCGCGGCGGCUGGAGCUGCGCAGGAGGGCGGAGGUGGAGGAGCUGGCGGCCAAGGACGUGGACACCACCACUGCAGGCAUCAACGCCCAAGCGCGGAAGCUGCAGCGGCACCGGGCGCGGGGGGCCCGGCGGGCGGUGGCGGGGGCUGAGCGGCGCGGGCCCCCCCCGGCCCUGCGGCGCAGCCUCAGCGAGACCAGCCUGGGGACCCCGGUGAGGCGGGCCGGGGCCGGGGUCGGGGCCGGGGCCGGGGCCCGGCUCCAGCGGCACUGCUCCACCCUGCCCGGCAGCCCGGCGGCGGCGCGGAGCGGCGGCAGCAUGCGGUACUCCCUCUACCAGUCCCCGCACCUCCUGCUCCUGCAGGGCUACAGCCAGCAGCAUGACAGCCUGGUUUACCUGCUGAACCGCGAGCAGCACACGGUGGGCCAGAGGACGCAGGCGAGCAAGCCCAGCAUCAGUCUGUCAGCCCCCGACAUCCUGCCCCUGCACUGCACCAUCAGGAAGCUCCGACCUUCCCGGAACCGCUCGGAGGAGAAGCUGGUGCUGGAGCCCAUCGCUGGCGCCGGCAUCUCCGUCAACUUCGCCGAGGUGGCCCGGACGGUGGUGCUGCGGCACGGGGACCUCCUGUCCCUCGGCCUCUACUACCUGCUCCUCUACAAGGACCCCAUGAAGGCGCAGCCGCUGCUGGCGCAGACGCUGCUGAGGCUGCGAGCCCUGCACCCCACCGUCCCCGAGGGCCAUCCCGUCUGCGGGGCGUGUGGCAGCCUGCUGAAGGAGAAGGACCCUGCCGCCAAAAAGCGGGCUCCCUCGCCUGCCGGCGGCCCCAGGACGCCCCGCAGGAAGAUGCAGCUGGAGUUCGAGCCGGCGGCCGAGGACGUGCUCCUGCGGCGCAUCAUGACCCUGAUCGAGCCCGGCGGGGACGACCACAAGCUGACACCCGCCUUCCUGCUCUGCCUCUGCAUCCAGCACUCAGCCACCAACUUUGAGCCAGGAGACUUCGGGCAGCUGCUGCUCAAAGCGGCCAAAAUGAUCCAGAGGACGGUGUGGGAGCGGACACGGGAGCUGGCUGAAAAGCAGUCCCAGCACCAGGACCCUGCCUCCCUGUCCCGCUUCACCAUCACGGACCUUCUCCCAGACCUGCAGCACAUCAUCUUCUGGAUGGCCAACGCCAUCGAGAUCCUGUACUUCGUCCAGCAGAAAUCACCCACCUACAUCCAGAGCAUGGAGGAGGAGCUGGACAUCAGAGGCUCCAAGGAGUCUCUGUUCUCCUCGACCAUCACAGCCAGCGAGGAGGCGAUGACAGUGCUGGAGGAGGUGAUCAUGUACACCUUCCAGCAGUGUGUCUACUACAUCUCCAAGUGUCUGUAUGUGUCACUCCCCGCUCUACUGGAGUGCAACCCCUUCCAGAGUGAGUGCCGGGAGAGCUGGAGGGCGGCCCCGCCGCUGCCCGAGGAGCUCCGCAGGGUCGUGCUCAUCUACCAGGCGGUGCUGGACCUGCUCCACCAGUAUGAAGUGCACCCAGAGAUCACCUCCCAGAUGUUUGCCUACCUCUUCUUCUUCUCCAACACCCUGCUCUUCAACCAGCUCCUGGAUAAGGGCUCCUCUCUUGGCUGCUUCCAUUGGUCUCAGGGGGUGAAGCUGCGGGCGAGUGUGCGGCUGCUCCUGGACUGGCUGCGCGGCGCCGGCUUCGAGCAGCUCGCCCAGCAGUUCUUCGCCAAACUCGCCAGUGUGGCCAACCUGCUGGCCAUGCCUGGCUCCCAGCUGCUGCAGAUGACCUGGCCGUCCCUGCGAGCCGAGUUCCCGGCGCUGAGCCCCGCGCAGCUCCACCGGGUGCUGAGCCAGUGCCAGGCAGUGAUGGACAUGGGCUGCAUCGCAGCGUGGCAGCCCAGCGAGGAGGAGAGCCCAGCCACCUUCCAGCCCGAUGAGAUGCUGGAGUCCUUUGACAACCACCCACCCAUCAUCCUGCCCAGUGGGGGCUUCAAAGUGGACCUGGAGGUGGAGACGUUGGACGACAACAUCUACCGGCACCUCCUUUACAUCCGCCACUUCCUCUGGAGCCUGCAGAGCAAGAGCCCCCACACCAGCGAGGGGCCGGGCUCAGCACCCCUAAAGAAAGAGGCAUGCACGACGCCAGAGGUCCUGGAGGUGAGCGAGAGCCCGGCUGCUGCCCUGGGGAGCACCACUGCCCAGGAGGACUAUUGCUCCCCGGGGUGCUGCGCUGAGCCGGAGCCGGAGGGGAACCCCCGGCCCUGCCUGGCCACCAACGGCGUCCCCUGUGAGCACCCUGGCGAGCCACAGAUCCAGGAGAAGCUCAAGCAGCUGCAGCUGGGCAGAGGUCCGGCCCCCAAGGCUGGCACGGCACCCACAGACUCCUCCUGCCUGCUGACACCGCCCACCACCCCCCUGAACUUCGACUCCGGGAGCCCGGAGUCCCCACAGGGCACGGGCAAGGGGCUGCAGGACCCCCGGAGGAACGGGAUGACGGGCACCAAGGGCAGCACCCCUGAAGGAUGUUCGCCGACCCCCUACGACUACCCCACACCGGAGUCUUCCAGCCGCAGCUCUGCCACCGACGACUUCUGCUACGUCUUCGUGGUGGAGCUGGAGAGGGGACCCAGCGGGCUGGGCAUGGGGCUGAUCGAUGGUGUGCACACCCCCCUGUGCUCCCCGGGGAUCUACAUCCGCACCCUGAUCGAGGACAGCCCCGCGGCCGCCGACGGCCGCCUCUCCCUCGGGGACCGCAUCCUGGCUGUCAACGGCACCAGCCUCAUCGGGGCAGACUACCAGAGUGCUGUGGAGCUCAUCCGCUCCGGAGGGAAGAAGCUGCGGUUUCUGGUUGCCAAGUCGGAUAUGGAAAUAGCCAAAAAAAUCAGUUCCAGCUCCUCUGUCUCCUAGUCCUUGUGGUAUCAGGAUCCUUCUGCAGCAGCCUGCGGGUGCAGCUCUGGUUAAGCCCACCCUGGGGGAGCCUGGAGUGAGGGAGAGCAAAAGGGAGGACCAGGACUCCACAACUGCCCUUGAUUUGCUUUUGGACACUUUGCCCCUGCGCUGCAGCAGAUGAAAGGACAUGCAAGGAUGGUGCACACUUCUCCCACUGCACUGGCUGGGAGCAUCAUUCCUGAUCCAUUGCCCAGCCUCACCUUAUACCUGGUGUUGUCCUUCUCAGAAGCUUUCCUGGUCCUUUGUCCCCUCUGGCAGGGGGCAGGAAGAGGAUGCUCCCCCCCUGGGGACUGUAGGCAGGCUCCUCUGUUCCUCUAGGCUGGAGCCCUGUGUGGUAUUUCAUGCUGACAGGCAGAAGACUUGAAACACCUUUGGAUUUUGAAUGUGUGGGGCAGGCCUGGGCUCCACUGUGGCAGUGGUCACCUGAGGUGCUGGCACAUCAGGCUGGAAAAGUGUGCCUAGCUCUGGGGGUGGUGAAGGCAGCACAAGCACCCAGGAGCAGGAUUCCAGGCAGGAUGAAUUGCCAGGAGUUAAUUCCCUGGUGCCAUACUCAGGUGCCUUUCUACUGCUGGGCUACCAGCCCUGCUUUGGGAUGGGAAGCAGCUACAGCAAAGGGCUGAUACCACCAGCAGUUCCUGUGAGUCCCAGGGAGAGCCCCCUGAAGAAAAGGACUCUCUUGCCU